AUGUCGCUGUCAACUAUAAUUUUUAUACUAAUUCAAAAAGUUCUAGUACAAGGAUUAUUUCAUGAAAACUCAGUACAUAUUAUCGAGCGGCCUUCAUUUUUAUCUGAGCACUCAUUAUAUGGGUACAGUAUCGCCUACCAAGGACAUAGCCUAAUUGUAAGCGAUCCAAUUGGCGAUGGCGUUGGAAAAAUCUACCUCAUUGAUAUCGACUCACCUAAAAAUAGUACAAAAGUGACCAAUGUCCCUAUAGAAGAAUUAAGACGUCAAAAACUAGCAAAUCGUCGAAUAAAGCACGAUUUUUGGCUUGGAGCAUCUGUGAAAGCUAAUGAAAAUUUCUUUGUGACAUGUUCUCCUCGCUAUGCCGAGCUUAAAUCAAUUAAAGUGAAAGGACGUCGUGACUUAGCCACAGUUGGUUUAUGUUAUUUGAAACCUUCAAAUGGGACAAUUCGGAGAUUACCUGUAUUAACAGCCAGUGAUCGUUUGAGAACUGAGACACGAGGAGCAAAACUAAUGGAUUCAUUUGGUUGGACUACACAUAUAACAUCGCAGAAUGAAUUAUUAGUAGGUGGUCCAGCAGUCAGCAAAGGAAGAGUGAUAAAAUACGAAAAACCAAUGAGCAAAGACGACCCAAAACUGUUCGAAAAAAUAAGCCACUCAAAUCCAGUCCUCUAUAAUUUUGGAUACAGCAUAACAAGUGGAACUUUUUUCGGAAAAGAAAUAAGCUAUGCCGUGAGUUCGCCAUUCGGAAAUUUGGGAUACGGAAAGGUAUACUUUUUUAAUUCAAAACUGGACAACAUCGGUGCGAUCAAUGACAUCGCUUACAGUUCUUUGUUUGGAGCUGCUUUAUGUUCCGCGAUGUUACCAACUGGUGCACUCGUAGUUGGCGCCCCAUUGUAUACAGAUAGCGCUACUGAAUAUGAUGUUGGAGCAGUAUAUAUUUAUAUGGCUGACACUGGUGUUAGCUCUAAGGAAAUGUUUCUAAAACAGAAGAUUAAGGGUAAAGCAAACGGUGGAUAUUUUGGUAAUGCUAUUCUUAACCUCGGAGAUAUGGACGGAGACUCCAUGGACGAAAUCGCAAUAGCGGCCCCAUACGAAGACGAUGGCAGAGGCGCCAUAUAUAUUUAUACUGGCAAGGGUCUCUUAGAAGGAAGAUAUUCGCAAAGAUUACAUAUAGAUGGGUUUAAAUAUUUUGGCUUCAGUAUGACGACAGUGCAAGAUUAUAAUGAAAAUGGAUGUAAUGAACUGGCUAUUUCUUCACCAAUGAGCGAUAAAAUUGCUUUAGUCAAUAGUCUAGCUUUUAUAACAGUGAAGCUGCGAGCUGUAUUCCCAAAUUCUCAGAACAUUACUCUUGGCAAAUAUUUUGAAUUUGAAUCAUGCUUUGAUGUUACAUAUCCAGAGAAGCCAAAAGAUAUUGAAGCAGAUUUAAUUGUAUCCAUUGAAAGCUCAUAUUCAAAUGUAAAAUUACGCAGAUUAGGCGUUGAGCGCAGUGAGUUGACAUAUGAACAGUCGGUCAAGUCAAAAGAAUCAUCGUAUUGCCAGAGUAUAGGAGUCAUAACAUCAAAUAUCACAGAGAAAGAGUACAAUCUAGUCUUAGCGUACAAAAUAUCAGCGAAAUUAAAAGAAAAUCCAUUAAGUUUAACAGAAUUCGAUAUAUCAAGAGUACUACUGAGUGAAAAUAGCGAGCUGACAAUCGAAAAUAGUGUAUGGACAAGCGUCUGUGUAAGCGAUCACUGUGUUCCCAACCUUUCGCUUAUUAAAUCUUGCUCUAUAUCGACUUCAUACAUCAUCGGUUCAACAAAUGAGGAGACACUACAUUUAACCAUAAGCAAUGCUGGAGAGAAUGCGUACAGUGCAUGCGUCGUUGUGACGAUACCUAAAGCUCGUACCAUUCGUUACCCAAAAGGUUGCUCCUUGAAACAGUAUACAAGUAAAAUAAGUAUUUUGUGCAAGCCAGAGAUACUAUUGGAAACUGGUAAACAGUGGAUAAUUCCAGAUAUCACAAUAGAGACUAACUAUUUAACAAGUUUAGACGACUCUUUGAAUAUUAUGUACGAUUUAUAUGAUAACUGUAAUGAUCAAUCUGGUCACAAAUCGUAUGCUGACAGCUUUCCUUUAACAAGUGAUUUUGAUGGGAUUUUUAUUAUGGGCAAAACAAUUCCAGAGGAAUUUGUUAAUUUGACUACGAAUGACAUCCAAUUUGGGAAAACUGUAGAACAUCAUUACACGUUAUAUAAUAAUGGUACAACAAACUGGAUAAACGUGCAGAGCGAAAUCACCUUAGAAAAUGUUACGUUCGUCAAAUACUCAGAAGCACCUAUUACUAUCAACACUGGAUCAUCAUUGAUCGAAUGUGCAAUGACAGACACCAAGACGAAUGGUAAUAACAUAACAAUGUUAUGUGACAUCGGAGAUCUGCGGAUAAAUGAGAAAGUUGUUGUAGUCGUCUCCAUAGAAAUCCCACCGGAAACUAUAGGAGCAAACGAUGAAAAUAGGAAUAUCACUAUUUCUACAAGUAUCAAUCUACUGCUUAAGGGUCAAAGCAAAUAUUCAAGUCUCCAAACAGUACUGCGUCUACAAAGGAGUGAAGUUCCAUUGUGGGUAAUAGUCAUAGCGUCACUUAUCGGAUUGAUUCUCGUUUGCGCUGUUGGAUAUAUAUUGUAUAAGAGCGGUUUCCUGAGAAGAAAAAAUAAACAAAAUCUAAUGGCUCUCAAAAAGUCUGUCUAUCGGCAAAGUAUGCAACGUUCAGCGAUGCGCGAGAGUAUGCGUGUAACUGCAACGCGAAAAAGUACAGAAGAUGUGAAGUUUUUAAGAACUGGAGGAUGCUCUAAAUCUGAC